AUGGGCGAAGACAUUCUCACUGAUCUUGGCAUCAGUAUUGAUCGGCAGUUGGAGCAGUUGGCCGAGAAGUCCUCAGCGGAUGACGACGACCCGAUACCAGUUGAAGACGCUUUCGCAGUGGGUUGUACACCUGCAGACAAAAAGGACAAACUAUGGAUUAUUGUGUAUAUGUACGAUGUGUGGAGGUACCGACUUCGACCAGUCCCACCUGCGAAGGUCCCACCAUUGGAAAUUCGACUGAAGAAGGGUGCUACACCAUUUCGGUGUAUGCUGAAGGUGUACCCGCCGCACAUACGGAAAUUUGUGCAUGUGUUUAACGAUGAGUUGCCAGGCAAGGACGAGUUCCGCCAGACAAGUGAUUAUCGACCUGUUAAUGCGGAAACGGAGUCGAUUGGCGGUGUCAUACCAAUUCUACAAGUGAUAACUGAGCACGAUUUAUGGAUUGACGAUCUACUACUGUAUGCAGAGGACCUAAGUCCUCUUCUUUUCCAACGUUCUAUCAAGUGGUACGGCAAGGUUAUUGACGGCGAAGGCGUUCGCCAUGACCGUGAACGAAUCGCAGCAUUACGUGCCAUGCCAUUACCGUCUACUGUCGGAGACUUGCAGCAGUUCCUGUGUGCGUGCAACUGGAUGCGCGACAGUCCCCUAGACUAUGCAGGCAACAUGAAAGCUUUACAGACGGGCCUUGACUUGACUCUGGGAAAUGGAAAACGGACUAAGAGGGUUGCAGCUCGACUACCAGCCAGUUUACUAUGGAAGAAACGACUGCUUUUGAUAAAGUCAAAGAGUGCCUCGCCGAUGCUGCAAUAUUGGCACAUCCAAGCCCCGACGGAGUACUUUCAAUGA